UUCAGGUCAGACGCCGAGCAGUUCGGAGAGUUUUCAGACCAGCGAGCGAGAAAAAGUUGAAAGCAGCGGAGCUUGUGGAGCUUCUGUCAGCGGCAGCAGCAGCUUUUCAGCCGGUCGGUGUGGACUCUCUGCGGGUGACAGGCUGUACAAUCCUCGGCAGUGUUCUGAGACUGUACGGCCCGACCCCCACCCCCCCCCCCCUCUCCAGCCUGGACUGUUGUGGACUAACCAGCAGGUUCAAUGACAUGAUCAGCCACACGGCUCCCUGCGCACUUCCAUGUAACACCUCCGCGUUUCGCUCCUUUUCACUCUAAACUUGGACUUAACUUAGACUGUCGGGGAAUUACAACGUCGUAAUCGCGCACGAGAGAGAAGAUGACGGCCGAUAAGGAGAAAAAGAGGAGCAGCUCGGAGCGCCGUAAGGAGAAGUCUCGGGAUGCAGCUCGCUGCAGGCGCAGCAAAGAGACGGAGGUUUUCUACGACCUCGCUCACCAGCUGCCUUUACCCCACAGCGUCAGCUCUCACCUGGACAAGGCCUCCAUCAUGAGGCUGGCUAUCAGCUUCCUGCGCACACGCAAGCUGCUCGCCACAGGCUGUAGCAGCAGCAGCAGCAGCAGCAGCAGCAGCGACGGCGAUGAAGACAGACAGAUGGACAGUCUGUACCUGAAGUCUCUGGAGGGCUUCAUCACCGUGGUAACGUCUGACGGCGACAUGAUAUUCCUGUCCGAGAACAUCAACAAAUUCAUGGGGCUCACGCAGGUGGACCUCACUGGUCACAGCAUCUUUGACUUCACUCACCCAUGUGACCACGAGGAGAUCAGAGAAAACCUCAGCCUGAAGACAGCCGGCAGCGGCUUCGGUAAAAAAGGCAAAGAGCUGAGCACCGAGCGAGAUUUCUUCAUGAGGAUGAAAUGCACGGUGACCAACAGAGGACGCACCGUCAACCUCAAGUCAGCCAGCUGGAAGGUGCUGCACUGCACCGGACAGCUGAAGAUGUACAACAGCUGCCCUCCGAGAGGGCUGUGUGGCUUCAAAGAGCCUCCGCUCACCUGCGCUGUCCUGAUGUGCGAACCCAUCCCACACCCGUCCAACAUCGACACGCCGAUGGACAGCAAGACCUUCCUGAGCAGACACAGCAUGGACAUGAAGUUCACCUACUGCGACGACAGGGUAACGCAGCUGAUGGGUUACACACCUGAGGAUCUGCUGGGUCGUUCAGUCUACGACUUUUACCACGCCCUGGACUCCGACAGCGUCACCAAGAGCCACCACAACUUGUGCACCAAGGGUCAGGCAGUGAGCGGUCAGUAUCGAAUGCUGGCUAAGAACGGAGGCUUCGUCUGGGUAGAAACCCAGGGAACUGUUAUUUAUAACAGCCGCAACUCCCAGCCCCAGUGCAUCGUGUGCAUAAACUACGUCCUCAGUGACAUUGAGGAGAAGUCGAUGAUUUUCUCCUUGGAGCAGACGGAGUCUCUGUUCAAGCCUCGCCACAUGAGCAGCUUCUUCACCGCGGGAGGUGCAGGUGUGAGUGGAGAGCCGGGAGACGCCCUCUUCACCAAACUCAAAGAGGAGCCGGAGGACCUGGCCCAGCUGGCUCCAACCCCUGGGGACACAAUCAUCGCCCUCGACUUCGGUCGCCCGCAGUUCGAGGAGCCCCAGCAGCCAGCGGGAUACUCCCAGGUGUCUGCCGCAGCAAUGGCCCCUCCUGGACCUCCGUCCUGGCCCGGCGAGAGCCACAAGCCCACCCCUCCAGUGUCAGGCCAAACCCCGGCUCCGGUUCCACGGGACGUGGCUAACAUGGCGGGCCCGUUCACCGUGCAGCAGAAUCCGCCAGCGGGCAGCGCCACUCCGAGCCUCAGCAGCUGCUCCACGCCCAGCAGCCCAGGUGACUACUACAGCUCGGUGGAGAGUGACCUGAAGGUGGAGCUGACUGAGAAGCUGUUUGCUCUGGACACAGAGGAAAGCGACAGUCCAGCAAACACUGAGAGGGACUUGAGUGACUUGGACCUGGAGACUUUGGCUCCUUACAUCCCAAUGGAUGGCGAGGACUUUCAGCUGAACCCCAUCAUCCCAGAGUCAGAGCCUCUGGAAGGGGGUCCAGCAGGAUCUAUGGGGUCCAACAGCAGCCUGACCCAAAAGCACCAGAGCUUCAGCAACAUCGCCAGCCUCUUCCAGCCCCUGUCCUCCCCUCCCCAGCCCCAAGGCCACUACCGGGCCCGGCCAGCCGCCUCUUGGGCAGCAAGCGAGAAGAGGGGCUCUAGCCAGGGGGCCGUGGACCCCCGUGCAGGGUCAUGCAUGAUGGGGCACGUGCAGAAUCCCCCAUACCAGGCUCCAGCCAGCACCCCUCUGUCCUCCAUGGGUGGCAGGCAGAAUCUGCAGUGGCCACCGGACCCCCUGUUAACCUACCAACAGCAACAACAACGAGCCACCAAGGCCUACCUGAUGGACAGUUUGUCAGGAGAGGACUGCCUGUCCUGCCAGCAGAGCGUGCCACAGCUCAUGCAGAAACAGAGGUCCAUUGACAACUUUGUGCAGGCCUACAGAGAUAUGAGUCCAGCCAGAGUGGCCAUGGCCAACAGAAUCAAGCGCUCUUUCACCCAGAUGGCUGUGGGUGAAAACAAGCCGUCAGAAAUCAUCUGGAAGAAGAUGAGGGAUGACAGUUGUACCGUCAUGGAUCGUUCCCUCAGCGCAGGAUCACUGGCAGAGUCAGGGAUGGGGAGGAUGAUGCCAGGCAGCAUGUCCUCAUGUCUCAGCUCCCUGCAGCACAGGAAGUCUCAGUAUCCAGGACACGGGAUAGGUGGUGCAAGUGAGAAGGCCUUUCCCCAAAAGACCUGCAACUACACACAGUAUAACAUGCUGCCAUCAAACAAGACUGAGGGCAUAGCCAGCCGUCUGCUGGGCCCCUCGAUUGAAUCAUCCUGUCUGCCGGAGUUGACCCGUUACGACUGCGAGGUCAACGUCCCGCUGCAGGGCAACCUGCACCUCCUCCAGGGCUGUGACCUGCUGAGAGCCCUGGACCAGGCCACCUAGAGCCCCAGAUUCAAACCCUGCCGUGGACCCGGACUUACACCGAGCCCGGACUUAAGCCUCUUUACUUUCAUACCUCUGGGCCUUCUAAGAGCCCUGAGGCUAAGCUACCUAUAGGGAAUGGUAUUCAUAACCACAUCCUGUCUUAUUUAGCUUAUUUGGCUCAGCCCCACACUCUGUCCCUGUAUAGCUCUGUACCUUGACCAUCUAAACAAGCUACGAUAGCGGGGUCAAGCCACUUUACAGCCCUUUUUCCCCAAGCUCUCAACUCCAAUCAGGUGCAGGUUGACAACCAGUGCUCAAAAGUUGUCAUGCAUUGAGCCACCCAGAUAGACGACCGACACAUUUAAGAAAACAUGGGUCACAUGGGGGGAAAAGGUCAACGCGGGACAGUUAACAAAAAGAUGCAACACACUGACCUGCGUCAAAAAGUCUUGACACUGGGAUUUAUCGCUGGUCAUCGGGCUCAGUGUAAACGUUUCUCACGGGCCGGCUUGUGGUCAGAAACCCAGGUCGGGUCUUUGGUGUUAAAGGGGUUUUAGUGACAUGAGGUUCAAACACACAACCUGCCUUACAGCCAUACGCCCUGCAUAGCAAGGCGGGAAACCCCGGCCAGGCUGCAUGUAUGGGACCCAAACCUACAACCUGUGUCUUAUCGAGACCCGGUCUCCCUCACAGACCUCCACCCUGAUAUGAACUCUAUGCAGCUCAAUUCCCGGCCCGACCUUCCCUUUAUCAGCUAACUCAUUUAGCUCAUUUAGCUCAGAGGCGAAGAUAUUAUACUACCUGCACAUUAACAGAGACACUGUGUUCUUUCACUUUAAGUAUUUGACCAGCAAUUAGAUCCAGCCCUUUUUUUUUUUUUUGUAGCUGCAGUCAAAGCAUCAAGCCACAGUUGGGUAUCAUGAACUGGUUUCUCACAAAGCAUGCUCUGUGAUUCUGUUCGAUUCCUCCCAAAAAGAUGACUUUUAAAAAUCUCAGGUUUCAUGGACCUGAUGGACCUUUGAGAUUCUGUCUUUCAAAUAAUUGUGAGAAGGAAUAAAACAAUAAAUUCACAUGAAAUAAGCAAAAUUAGACACAAGUCUGAAAAAAAUAAGUAGAGUUUUGUCCACAAGAACAGUAUUUUGUCUUUUUACCGUUUUUAGGAAGCUAGAAGAAUGCAGCAUUAUUGAUGAAAGCUGCAGCUCCAAGUCAAAUAAAAACAUGCAGCUUUUCAUAUAUGGCAAGUCUGCUUAGGAUAAAAGUGGUGAGAAUCACAAUGAUGCCCAGCUGUGCUUCCUGAAGCCUUUUCCACAUGUACAGACUGACGCACUUACAGUCCUCAACCUGCCUCUUCUUGCCUGAAUCCAUCCCACCGGACUCGCUCUAACAUCGUCAUCCGCUCUGUUUAAAUAACAAAGUAGUGCAGUUUGGUCUGUUUCUCGCAGCGUAAAGUGGUUCACAGUAGCAUCAGACCUGUUCGGGUCAACUUUUAUGACACAAUAUUGUUGUUUAAGCUCUUAUAAAUAGUCUAUUUUUCUGUUAUUGAGACAUUUUAGCUUUUAUCAAAUCUCCCCACGGUAUUUAAUCCAAACCGAUGGGACACUUUAACAUAUCAAUCCUGCUUUGUUUCUCCUCUCAUUUAUUUUUGGUGUUCUUACUCCACCUCCUAUUAUUUGUGUCUAACUCACAGACACACUAAUAAACAUAUAUCGCAGCAUGUACUCUACUGUAAGUCGAAUAAUAAGGUUUCUUCUAUCUGUUGUUGAUUUUUCUAAACGUGUUUCUGUCUCUCGUCUGUCUCAGUCAGGUAAGUAGCUCGUGUGACUACAGGGUUUUUUCUCUUAUUGUGCAAUUAUUUUGUUGAGCUAAAGCUUAGUCAGCAACAAAGCUAGCCUUAUUCACCCAACUGAUCGCUCGUACGAAGGAUCUGCCUGUCGCACGCUGUAAGAGCUCGUGAAUAGACAUUGUAGGCUUGUGCACACGUCACACAGUACAGAAAACCAUAAAAACCAGUGGUGUGCAAAGACUGUGCAAAGGUGCGGAACCUCUCCUGUCUGCAAGUUUCAUUUGUAGGUGUAAUUUUUGCUCUGACAAGACACGUUUGAGGCUCUUUAAUUGCAGUUUAAGCAUAUGAUCAAGCAUAUUUUUGCUAUAUAUUUAUGCAGUUUUACAUUUUAUUAUGUAUUUUUUCUGCUCUUUCAGGCAACCACUGGUUUCCAUUCAUAUCUGAGCAGUAGGAAAAAUCAUUUGUCAGACUUUUAAAAUUUCAGCUCGUAGUUUAACAUGAAGUCUGCAUUUUUUCUUUGUUUUUGGGUCAAAAUUGGAUUAUCUGUGCGAGGUAAUGCUUGAUGUGAAAAGUCUGCAGGCACUAUCUGAUUGAUCCUGCAGAUUAUUUUCAGGAUUAACUGUAUUGUUUAUAAAAAGUAAGAAAAUAGUGAAAAAGACAGAUUAUUUCCCCAAGGCGGCGUAUUCAGAGGUCUUGUUUUAUCAGUCCAAAACCCAAAGAUUUUCACAUACAGUCAUGUUUUAAGCUUCAUAGUUGAAGCUAUAAAAGACUGAGUAAUCAUGUUUUCAUUUAUUCUUCAAGAAAUCUUACUUCAUUUUCUAUUUUGUAACUAUAAUUACACUGAGUGUCAUCAUUCAUUUUCACACAGCGCAGAAACGAAUAGAAACCAAAAUGCAUGAAUCACAGCAGCAGAAUGGUUAGCUGCAAUGCUACAGUCACUGGAAUGCUCCUUUAACAUAACUGGAGGAUAUUUGAGCCAAUCACAGGGGCUGAUCAGAAGGGCACCUCAUCUUUUACGCCAAGCGGAGCAGCGGCGUCGCUCCCUCCACCCUCUUUGCACACCACUGCACAAACCGGAUAGUGUAAGAGACAGCAGCAGCUGUAUUUCACUCAGACUAUAUGUGUGUGCACAGCAGCAGCCUUCGUUCCAGUGCAGUACAGCAGCCUGUGAAGUGACUUGAAAGUGGAGUGUAUGUAUUAUUCUUUAGGAUUAGGACAAGGCCAGUUUUUCUUAGAUUUAACGAGACUGAGUGGCUGCCAGUAUCAGAAAGCUUUGACUGAGAGUAACGUCAGAGUUUUUAUUUUCAAAGUAGAAAUAUUUCACCCAAACGAUGUCGCUAACGUCAGCAGUAAAAUGCCUUCAGUGAAAACACGUUCUCGCCGUUUAUCUCUGCUCUCUGCUUUCCUGUUCCCUCAGAGUAAUUUUCUUAAUCUCACUCUAUUUUUUCAGAUAAUUGUCUUUGUGUGGUGACCACUUCUGAGUAUCAAUUAUAGAGCUUUGUACACAUAUACGUUACGUAUUUAAAAAGACAAAACUAAUGUCGAAAUAGUGUUUUUAGUGUUUAUGUGUCCUGGUACUUUGUCCCUAUCUACCCUGUAGAUGCAGAUGGAUCAGAUCCCUCGCAGUGCUGUUUGCUCUCGUGCUGUUUCUGUGUGUGUUUUUUUUGUUGUUUCCAGAGUUUUAUCCUCAAAUAUCCUUAAUAUCUUAUUCCUAAAAUAUCUAUUGAAUCUGUUGGCUGGGCAGUGCUGUUUGUUCCUGCUUUAAGAAGAUAAAACAAAAAAAGUUCAGAUUAAAGAUGAAUAUCAGUUUUCUAAGUCUCACUUUCAGACAUGUAGCAUUUUGAAUAUUGUUAAGAAGGUGAAGUCGCCACACAAUUAAUCACGGUUUUCCAGUUGCAUAUAUAUAAAAGCAAUGACGCUUCAUUGACCAUGUAUCUGUCAUUUUUAGAACUUUUAUUACAUCUGUCGGAUCCACUAACACUAUACUUUGAUGUCCUCUGCUUUAUGUUGUGCUGAAAUUUUCUUUAAAGUUCAUGUUAAUCCAUAAAAAUGUGCCUUAUCAUGACUUCAUGGUUGUCUCAACAGAUACUGAGUUUGCCCUUCAAGUGCACAGUUUCUUCCCUGCAACCUGUCGCUCUGGGGGGGAAUUACUGAAUAAAAUCCUAACUUGACUUUGUAUCUUAUCUGAAAGUUAAAUGUCUGGAAAUCCAGCAGCAUAAAAUGUCUCUUUGGUUUGCAGCUUUAAUUCAAAUUUGCAUGUUGAACCUAAGUUGACAGUUAAUAACCAGCGAGCAGAGCUUGAUGGUGAUGUGAGAAUAUACCUGAUGCACCGUCACAGUUGGGAUGAUUUUUCAUAAUAACCCCUCCGGUUUUGUAGUCAACAGCUCCUGUAGCCUCCUCUGAUAACGAUAGAACAGCGGAGUCGUCAGAGAACACUCAGUAGAACCCUGUUAGAACCCACUGUAGCUCCCCUGGUGAUGACGAGUCAAAAUUUAAGGAUUUUAAGGAAAUGGACUCCCCAGCUCAUCAAAUGACCUGACAGUCUGUUUGCUGAUGAAGGGUUUUUGUGUUUAGGUGACUGGAGUGGGCAGUAAACGUUCUCCUGGGAGGCUCAGAGUGGACAGAAGUUAAUACUUUACUUUUGCAGAAUCAGUACAGCUUGAGAGUCAUUACUGUCACUCUGCAAACCAAACUUUUGUGUUGAUAAAUGGCGGCUCAACAUGCUGCAAGGUCACAGUGGCGGAUACAAGCUGCUGCAGCAGAUACUGCCUCCAGCAGCCCGAUCCUCUAUGAAUUGAUCAUGUAGUACAGUUUAUUAGAAUUAUGAUAUACUUCUCUGCAUAGGGGUAAAUCAAUAGAGCCCUGGAAAACUGUGCUCUACUUGUUUUAACACAGAAGCUCUUAAAACUCUGAUGAGUGUUUGCAUUAGAGCUGGCAUCAUGAUAAUUCAGAUGUUUUAAAGGUUGCAGCCAAAUCCAGAUCUUUAUAAAUUACAGUAUCAAAGCUGCUUUUUUGGAAGUGAAAAGCAAAGUGAAAGUACCUGAAAUAACUCGAAAAGCUGUCUGGCACAGCUGCUGUGUUUCUGCAGUGAAACUAGCGGCUGAAACAGGAGGUGGACAUUAUGCUGAGAGGAGAUAUGAAAAGAAGUGACGUCGAGUUGAGUGACACAUGAAGAGAGAUGCUUCCUGCUCAGCCUGCCCACUGAUGCAAAUCUCUCAACUCCUCCACUGGACGGGUCACUCGUCAGCAUCUCUUCUCCUAUGUCAGCAAUUACUUUAAAAACGAGGGCAUUUUUAUCACUGCACAAAUUGGAAGAUCCUCCUAUUUCAGGGUAAAAGCCUGCAAAUUUAGCUAGUCCUAUUUGUAGGAUUAUGAAUAGUAUUUAAAGUAUUUUAUAGUAUUGGAAUUUCUGAUGAUAGAAAUCAAAGUUUGCUAAAUUAAUCCUCCAGAAAAGCUCCUUACAGCAUGUUGAAAGUGUGUUAAAUCAUUUAGAUUCAGAUUCACAGUUUGAUUCAGAACUCCUUAAAUUAAACGAUUAAUUUUUGGAGACCAAAGAGGUUUUAGGACUAAAUUAAAUAUAUAUAAAAAUGAAACGUUCUGAAUCUUGCGCAAGAAAGACUGAUGAGAUUUGAACUCAACUGUGUCAAUGUAUGUGGAAAGAGUUGGCUAGAUGGAAGUCGAUUUAAAAAUAAGAAUCUAGGCAGAGGAGAAGUCCCGCCAUCGUUUUGAGGUAGCCUCUGCUCCGCUAGCUUCAGCCACACAAUUUAAAACAGUUCAGAAUUAUGCACUUGGUUGUUUUAUCUUGGUUAAAGUGACUAGUAUUUUGUUAGCAUUUAAAAACGACACCUCCGGUAGUCUCGGAGCUUCUAAGGAAGUGCAGCUGAGAAGCAAAUGCUAGCGGCAGCGAUGCUAACCUGAAAACGUGCGGGGCUUCAGCUUCUUAAACCAUAGAUUUAUCACCAGUCCCAGUGCUCAACAAACUGUGCAGCUUGAAGGGUUUCCACUCAUUCAUUGUACUUCCUCUUUAAAGGCGAUAUCAGCAUUUUGUCCUGCGUCUCGUGUAACAACUGGGUUUGUGUUUCUCUUUAUGGGAUCCAUGUUAAGCUACUUGUAUUCUGUUGUUGUCAAUGUCAGUACAGUUAUAUUAGCUGAUCUUGCAUUUUUUUUUAUGUGCUUAAAAAUUCAUAUUGAUCUUAUUAUUAUCAUAUACUGUUAUUACUAUAUGGGGAAUUUAACCCGAUAAGAAGUUUGUGUUUCUGCACUGAUAUCUUAUUAUUAAAGCAUACUGACCUUA